AUGAAGAGAGAUCGUCAAGAAACCUCUGGUGGAGGUGUGAAUAGCAGCAACAACAAUACUAACAGCUUUGUUAGUGUACGAGGUGAAUGUUCAUCAAUGCAGAACAACAACAACAACAACAGCACAAACGGGAAACAAAGUUUGUGGAGGGAAGAAAAAGAAAACAGCGGUGGAAUGGACGAGUUACUAGCGGCAUUAGGUUACAAGGUUCGUUCCUCAGACAUGCUUGACGUAGCUCAAAAGCUUGAACAACUUGAGAUGGUGAUGGGUAGUGCUCAAGAAGAAGGAAUUAACCAUCUUGCUUCAGAUACAGUUCACUACGACCCUACCGAUCUAUAUUCAUGGGUUCAAACUAUGCUCACUGAACUUAACCCAUCCACCGAUUCACAAAUCAGUGACCCUUUAGAUGCUUCUUCUUCCAUCUUCAACGAUAACUCUCAGUAUGAUCUCAGUGUUAUUCCUGGAAUGGCGGCGUACCCACCUCAGAGCCAUAACCAGAACAAUGAAAGCGAAGAUUCUAACAGCAACAAAAGGUUGAAGACAUGGGGGAGUGAAACGGAGUCGGAAGAUAUUUUUCUGCCGGCGUUAUCACCGCCGGCGGAGACUACAAGACCGGUGGUUCUCGUUGACUCGCAGGAAACAGGGGUUCGUCUUAUUCACACUAUGAUGGCUUGCGCUGAUGCGAUUCAGCGUGAUGAUCUCAAGAUUGCUGAUACACUGGUGAAGAGUAUUGGAAUAUUGGCUUCGUCGCAAACCGGAGCGAUGGGAAAAGUUGCUUCGUAUUUCGCACAAGCUCUGUAUCGGAGAAUCUACAGAGUUUCCCCUGAUGAAACUCUGGAUUCAUCUUUAUCUGAUGCUCUUCACAUGCACUUUUACGAGUCUUCUCCUUAUCUCAAAUUCGCUCACUUCACCGCUAAUCAGGCUAUUCUGGAAGCUUUCGCCGGAGCUGGAAGUGUUCACGUCAUUGAUUUUGGUCUCAAACAAGGGACGCAGUGGCCGGCGCUUAUGCAAGCACUUGCAUUACGUCCUGGUGGUCCACCAACUUUCCGGUUAACUGGAAUAGGACCACCGCAGACGGGUAACACCGAUGCUUUGCAGCAGGUGGGUUGGAAAUUGGCUCAGCUCGCUCAGACCAUUGGUGUUCAGUUCGAAUUUCGUGGAUUCGUUUGUAAUAGUCUCGCGGAUCUUGACCCGAACAUGCUUGAGAUCCGACCCGGUGAAGCUGUUGCUGUUAACUCCAUUUUCGAACUUCAUACCAUGUUAGCCCGACCCGGUUCCAUUGAUAAGGUUCUCAACACUGUUAAGAAGAUUAACCCUAAGAUUGUGACAAUCGUGGAACAGGAAGCGAAUCACAACGGACCGGUUUUCAUGGACCGGUUCACGGAAGCCUUGCAUUAUUACUCGAGUUUAUUUGAUUCGCUUGAGGGUUCUUCUAAUUCAAACCCAACCGGGUCUGGUUCUUCGAGUCAGGAUCUGUUGAUGUCGGAGCUUUACUUGGGGAGACAGAUAUGCAACGUGGUGGCUUAUGAAGGUGUGGACCGGGUCGAGAGACACGAGACACUGACUCAGUGGAGGUCGAGGAUGGGUUCAGCUGGGUUCGACCCGGUUCAUUUAGGUUCAAACGCGUUUAAGCAAGCGAGUACUUUGUUGGCUUUGUUCGCCGGCGGGGAUGGGUAUAGGGUGGAGGAGAAUAACGGGUGUCUUAUGCUUGGGUGGCACACGAGGUCACUCAUUGCUACCUCCGCGUGGAAGCUCCCACAGAGUGAGUCCAAGUGA